AUAACUCAACGGUCAACACAAUUAAAAGCGUGGGAAAUUCAACCCCUCGAGACCAGUUUAAUGACCUUUCCAUCUUCUCCGCGUCGCCUUCCUCCGAAAUUUCAAAAUUGCUUUCCCAGUUUCGACCUCUCCGCCAAACGCCUCUCCUCCUUCAAUUUUCUUCAUCAUUCGAAUCAAUGCCGACAUCAAUGAGCGAUCCUAAACCCUAACGUCCCCCUCUCGCCUCGCCGCUCCCGUCGCCGGCCGGGCGUCUAUAUAUACAUGCCGCUCCACCGGUGAGCUCGCGGCCGCGCCUGGGGGGGAGAGGAAAUGGCGACGUCGGCCUUCCGGUCCACGACGAAGAGGACGCCGAUCGGGGCCUCGCCGGCCUCCGCCGACGGCUCCGCAACCUCCAGCCGGAGCUCGGCUCACCGCCGGUCGCGGAGCCUGAGCCGGUUCUCGCGCCGGCUGGCGGAGCCCGGACCCGUUCGCCGAGGACACCGCGCCGGCGGCUCCCAGGGGAGGUUCGUGAACACCCUGAGAGGAUCGGGGCUCCCGGAGAUCAGCCUCGACGAUCUCGCUGUUGAGUUCUUCAGCUCCGGAGAUCGGGGUCGGUCGAGCUCGCGGAACACUGACGUCAGCCCUAAGAAAGGGGAAAGCGCUUCGCAGAGGCGGGGGAGGUCGGUUUCCAGGCAGAGCUCGAGAGUUGGUGGCGGUGGUAAGGGUAAUGUGCUUGAGGGUUCCGGUGCGGGGAGGGUGGUUCCUGAAAGUAAUUCGCGGCGGAGGCGGUCGGUUUCGGUUGUUCGCUGCCAGAUUAGCGAUUCCGAGAGUGAUGUAGACAAUUCUCGCGGUUCUUUUGGUUAUGCUAAUAACAAGACUGUGGGCAAUGGGAACAUCCAAAAGCUACCAUCACAGAAACCCUCUGCUUCAAGCAACAGACAAGCACUGAGAAGGACUUCGAGCCAAAAGGAUCUCAAGUCCUAUGACGGUUAUUCUAGCCAUUCAUCUGCACUGACUGAUGACGAAGCGAAGGAUGCUUAUUCUGGGAAAAAUGGAAGUGAGAGAACAAUACGAGCAGUUUAUGCCCAGAAGACUACUGACCACCCCACUGGAGGGAUGUUAACAGUGGGUUGUGCAAAGCAAUGCGUCAAGAAUUCAGACAUGCUAUGGAAGAGAUCAAGAUGGAAAUUGAACAGUCUCUCAUUGGCUAUGUUAAGAAGGAAGCCCUCUGUUGGAGCACAUGACAAUUAUUUAGCUUUGGAAAAUUCUGAUGCUUGUAAGGCUGUCUCCACUAUAAGAAAUUAUGCAACAAAGCUAGAACAGUCAGAGAAGCGCAAAAGUUUAUUAGCUGAAAUUAUGUUGGAAGAGCAGCGUGGGAAAGAGCUCAGUCAGAUUGUAAAUGAAUUUCAUCCUGAUACAAAAUCCCCUGUACCGGAGAAACCAUCGCGAAACAGAAGGAGUAAUGACAAAGGCAGGAUGUCUAAUCAUCUGGCUUUUGAGGCUGAGUAUAUUCAGGAUUUCAUUUCAAGUGUAGAAGAUACAGAUAUAUCAUCGUUAGAUGGAGAAAGAAGCGAUACAAGCUCAACUUUAGGUGGAACGACUAAGAUAGAUACUUCUCAAACUCCAGCAAAGUCCAUGCCUCCUCCCAUUGAAAUGGAUGGGGUUGUAUUGCCAUGGUUACAAUGGGAAACCAGUAAUGAUGUUUCUCCGCCAUCGAGCAAGAAAAAGAUGCAGUCACCAAUGGCUUCAAGAGCUGAAAUGUUGGAUGCAGCUCAGGAAGCUAGUACUGCACGGGACCCGAGCUAUUUUUCCUCAAGCAGUCAUGGUAGUUGGAGUCCAGGAAUUGUAGAUAGCCCUAUAGUGGUGGUCAGAGAAUCCAUUGGCAGUCAAUCCAGAGAAUCUAGAAGAUAUAGUGAUAAACAUCACUCAGGCUGCCAUUUUGACCUGGAUAAGUAUUUGAAUUUUCCAAGUGACGAGGAUUUUCUAUUAGAAAGGUGGAGACAACAGCGGAGAAUCAAUUCAGGUGGUCUGCUUCUCUGUCACCAAACAUUCUUUUGACCAUCCACUUGUUAACUACUCUUCCCUUUAUCAAUUUAUGUGCUGCGUCUCUGUAUAGACAAUCUGGACGCAUUAAUUGUCAAGUAUUGUCAGAAUAAAACUUCACUUCCCUACUUAUUCUUCCAAAAGAUCCUGAUGAUUUUAUGGCUUCCGCUAAUGUUUUCAGUUCAAAACUUCACUUGAAACUUCAUGUUUCUUUAUCCUGACAUGGCUAUUAUGCAGAGGAUGAAGAGUUGAAAGUA